AUGGCUCUGGACUCACCAUGUAGCGCCCUCUGUGCAUACUAUUAUUAUUUGGCUGCCCUAAAGCCGAAGAUUUUGUCUGCUAAUACCGGCUACAAUUUAUACUAUUCAAUGCAACUCCGGGCUCAACUGGACCGGUGGGAGGUGGUGAAGACUACUCAGAGUCACGCCACGCUGCGCGGUCUCCGCUAUGGUGCCACGUACUUCCUCAAAGUUAACGCCUUUAAUUCUGCAGGCGAUGGCCCCGUCAGCGAGGCGUUUCCCAUCAUCGUCACACCUGGAGGUAGGCGCAAAUGCCAGGUUGCAAGUUGUCGUAAAACGCUUAUGCUGGGUUUUUUUCCCUCUCCUCCUGCCUUGCAUUUGGCUUGA